AAGAUUAUUUUUGUAAACUUUCCUUUUUAUGAAAUCAAAUUAUGUAUGUGUUAUAUUUCGUCUUAAAUUUUAGAAUCUUUUCUUUUAAUAAUUUUUUUUUGUGAAACUUUUCUUUUUUAUGAGUCAAAUUAUAUAUGAUACGUCUUUUCGUUUUUAAAGUUUAUAGUUCAUUAACUAAUGUUUACUUUAUUAUAUAUUAUUUGGAAAGAUAAUAAAGGAAAGGAAAAAUUUAAUUAAAAAUAAAUAAAAAUUUAAUAAUGGCAAUCAUAUAUAAUAUUUUUAAUUUAUUAAAAGUAUCUUUGUAAUCGUAACAAUUAACGUGAGCGCGACACCGAGGAAAUUGACUUCUCAAAUAAUAUUAUAGAGAUAAAAAAAAUAAUAAUACUCUUAAUUCUAUACCCUAGACCCUCCCUACACCUUAAACAAUAACUCAUAAAACAUAUCCUUUAAAUCUAAAUUCUAGUUCAUAAACAUGUAACCUUAUAGAUAUAUGUGUAUUUAUAUUGAAUGUUAAUUUGUCAUUUCUCUUUUAUAUGCUAUUCUUUGGAACAAAUACAAAUUUUAGUAUGUGUUCAAGAUCAUAUUGAUUUUUAUAUGAGAGAUCAAUAAGAAUCAAUGAUGACGGAUGUAUAACGAUUGGUAAACUAUGCAUCUAUAGCCUCACUUGGUUUUCAGUUUUCACUUAAAAGUAAAGAAGAGAGUCAUCAGAAAGAGGCUUGUUUCUUUUUCUUUUUAUGCAUCUAUAGCCUCGAUGUGUAACGACUGGCUAACUUUUUUUUUCUUUUUAGGUGGAGAUCUGUGGCGAUGCAUUUUUGGAACAUAAAUAAUGGGUUGAUGAGGGGAAGAAAAAGAUACUUUACUCCUGAAACGUGGUAUCAACCAGAUUUUAAAUGUUUUGAAGGCUAUAGCCCAAACCUUGCCUGUUUUUUUAUAACAGAACUAAGCAUAUUUGGAUGCUCCUCUUUUCUUGAAAAUAUAGGCUACGUGAUUCACGUUAUUUCAAAAAGUUGUGUGAGUUGCUGAAUAUAAGUAAACGUUGAGAGAGAUUCAGAAUUCAUAGCAAGAAGAGCAAGAUCAUGAAGAGGCCUGUGAAAUACUUUGUGGUUGAUGCAUUCACUGAGUCAGCCUUCAAAGGGAACCAAGCAGCAGUUUGCUUUCUUGAAGAAGACCAUGAGAGAGACGACUCUUGGCUUCAGUCUCUUGCUGCUGAGUUUGAACUUCCGUUGACAUGUUUUCUUAUUCCCAUCACCGGCUCUGAUUCUCUACAUCCACGAUGCUUUCAUCUCCGGUGGUUCACCUCCACAGCCGAGAUGGAUAUAUGUGGUCAUGGAACAUUAGCAUCAGCUCAUACUCUCUUCUCAAACGGUUUGGUUGGCUCGUCUGAGACUGUCGAGUUUUCCACUAACUCUGGGAUUCUAACUGCUAAAAGGGUCGAUGAUUGUGAAGCCAAAGGAUCUUUCUUGAUCGAAGUUAACUUCCCUGUGAUAACAACUUGUGAGUACAGCUCCAAUGAUUUCUCCAUGUUCUCUAAAGCCUUGGACGGAGCUACCAUUGUUGAUGUCAAGGGAACUACAAAGGAUAAACUCGUAUUUCAACCGUUGAAGGGAGCUACUAAAUCAACUUCAACAGAUCAAAUCAUGGUUGUGCUUUCAUCUUGGGAGUCAGUGGCUGAGUUGCAGCCAAGAACUGAUGAAAUCAUGAAAUGCCCCGGCAAAGUGAUGAUUGUUACAGCAGCUGCUCCUGAGGGAUCUACUUAUGAUUUCUGCAGUCGACUCUUUGCUCCCAAGCUAGGGCUCAAUGAGGACUCUGCAUGUGGAAGUGCACAUUGUUCAUUAGCACAUUACUGGAGUCUCAAGAUGAACAAAUGUGAUUUCAUCGCCUACACGGCUUCGCGUAGUGGGGAACUGAAGGUUCAUUACGAUAAAGAGAAGCAGAGGGUCUUGCUCACUGGCAAAGCUGUGACUGUGAUGAACGGCUAUGUCUUAGUUUAACCUUUGACUAUAUCCAGAUUCUUGGAAAAGGUCAAAACCAAUAAUCUCGAACCUUUUGAGUCUUAUCAGAUUGUGUAAUAAAGUAAUGAACUCAAUAAUAAACGAAAGUGAGUGUUUCCGUGUUUGA